GUAUAACAUUACCUAGAAACUACUUUCGGUUUGGAAGGACGCAAACUUUUAAACGGGAUCACAAUAAUACAAGUUAUUCCUCUGUCACUCGACCUCCUAUGGCUUAUUCGGCGAAACAACAGACUCUCCGUGGCUCUCCUCUUGUGGACGGAGUGAUUAAUUCACUACCUACGCGUGACUGGCAAACUGGUAAAUCUUUGACUGAAAGUUUGAAUCACAUCCUCACUAAUGAAGUUGGCAGUGACGUCACGUUCCUUGUCGGCACGAACGGGAAGAAAAUUCCCGCACACAAACUGAUUCUCACCAGCCGCAGUCCUGUCUUCUUUGCCAUGUUUAAUGGUCCCAUGGCAGAAACUGGAGAUGUAAAGCUUCCGGAUAUCACAGAACAGGCGUUCACUCCAUUUCUGACUUACAUGUAUACAGACCAAAUAGCCCUGACUGUCCAGACGGUUGUUCCAGUAUUCAAUGUCGCCCGGAAGUACUGUGUAGACGUCCUUGUUACGGUGUGCUACAACUUCCUACAAACAAAUCUUUCGCCAGCCAAUGCCUGUUUCCUUCUCGAGCAAUCUCACGCCUACACUGAGGAUCAACUAAUGGCAGCGUGUCUAAAAGUUAUUGGAGAGUCGCCUGAAAAAAUAAUAAAAUCAGAAUCCUUUGUUGACCUGUGUCCGAGCUGCCUGACUUGUAUUACUAGAUCGGAUGAGCUUGGUAUGGAUGAGAGUCACGUAUACAAGGCUGUUAUGAAUUGGGCGGAAAAGGAAUGUAUUCGGAAAAAAAUUAAGAAAACGGGCGCCAACAAGAGAGUCGUGCUAGGAAAUAUUCUCUACACCAUUCGGUUCCCGAUCAUGUCUCAAGAUUUUUUCCUGGACAAAGUAUGUACGGAUAAGAUACUAACGAGUGAUGAGAUUGUCGACAUCCUCAUGUUUAUCCGCAAAAAGUCUACAGCUCUUGUCACUAGCUUUAACACAGGGUGUAGGAGAGGAAAGCAUGGUCACCAUGGUGGCACCUAUGGCGCGAAUAUGAGUCGGGCUUUCAGAGGGAAAACCAGUUUCUAUGAAUAACACUACGCCUUAUGAUAUGAUUCUGGUCACCAAUGUCUUUCUGGUAUCUGUUCUACUUGUCUACCAACUUGAAAUAAUAAAACAGAGGUAUAGUUGUUUGUAUUUAACAAGUAUAUACCAAAUUGGCUUAACGAAGAAAGUGAUCAAGCGAUUAUCGCAGACCUGUUGUAUCGUACUCGUUCUUGUAUGUUAUACUUGUGUCACUGUAGGGUCUUCUUUACUCUAUAUAAUAGAGACUAAACAUGUAACUAUAUUGGUUGUUCAUGACGUGUAAGCUUGACCCGACAACAGUAUACAAAAUCCAUUUUUUUUUUAUUGUACCUGGAUUCCCAAACAAUUAUCACAUUUACAAUUAAAUUGAAUUUGACUUAACUAAUAAGAAGAUUCUUUCAAUAAACAUGAUUUGUGUACUAAGAUACACACUCUUACUUUGUAUAGUCUUUCAAUGAACAUGAUUUUUGUACUAAGUUACACACUCUCACAUUGUAGAAUCUUUCAAUGAACAUGAUUUGUGCACUACCAUACAGACUCUUACUUUGUAGUCUUUCAAUGAACAUGAUUUGUGUACUACGAUACACACUCUUACUUUGUAGAGUCUUUCAAUGAACAUGAUUUGUGUACUAAGAUACACACUCUAACUUUGUAGAGUCUUUCAAUGAACAUGAUUUGUGCACUACGAUACACACUCUUACUUUUAAGAGUCUUUCAAUGAACAUGAUUUGUGUACUACGAUACACAUUCUUACUUUGUAGAGUCUUUCAAUGAACAUGAUUUGUGUACUACGAUACACACUGGUACUGUGUGGAGUCUUUCAAUGAACAUGAUUUGUGUACUACGAUACACACUCUUACUUUGUAGAGUCUUUCAAUGAACAUGAUUUGUGUACUAAGAUACACACUCUUACUUUGUAGAGUCCUUCAAUGAACAUGAUUUGUGUACUAAGUUACACACUCUUACUUUGUAGAGUCUUUCAAUGAACAUGAUUUGUGAACUACGAUACACACUCUUACUUUGUAGAGUCUUUCAAUGAACAUUAUUUGUGUACUAAGAUACACACUCCUGCUUUGUAGAGUCUUUCAAUGAACAUGAUUUGUGUACUAAGAUACACACUCUUACUUUAUAGAAUCUUUCAAUGAAAAUGAUGUGUGUACUACGAUACACACUCGUGCUUUGUAGAGUCUUUCAAUAAACAAGAUUUGUGUACUAAGAUACACACUCCUACUUUGUAGAGUCUUUCAAUGACCACGAUUUG